CAAGAUGCAACGUCACGUCUAUCUGUCAUGGCGCUGUACAGCAGUCAAUGUUGACUUUUUGAGUAGACGACUGGCUGAAGAAAUUGACACGGUUUUACUUAUAGAAGGGGUACAGUACAUUUAAACGCAAUCUUGGUUUGGUGAACAUCUGUAGAAGUAAUCAGGAUGGCGGAGCCAGGCUCAAGCGACCCUGGUGGCCCCUCUAGCACUCCAGCAACGCCUGGAGGGAGUGGCAGGGGAUUGGUGAUGGGACGCCGGCUUCCAGCUACCCUCUCCACCGGCCGCUUCCCUUCCAUGCGCACCAAAGACCUCACCUUAGGAGGGGUGAAGAAGAAAACCUUCACCCCUAACAUUAUUGGCAGAAAAGCUAAGGAAGAGCAGAAGGUUGAGGCUGGGCAAAGGAGGGAAAGGAGAGAGAAUGAUCGGGGUCGUGAGCGAGGUGGUAGGGGUGGUCGGGGCCGGGGACGUCCAGAAGUCAUCCAGUCCCACUCUAUCUUUGAGCAAGGGCCUGCAGAGAUGAUGAUGAAGAAAAGAGGCGGCUAUGAAGGUGAGAGAGAUGCACCAAGUGUGGGUCCCUCACCCAUCAUCAACAUUAAGAAGGAGAAGAGGGAGACUGAGGAAGAGACCAAAGAAAUUUUGCGCAAUCUGGAACGAGACAAUUUCCUGGAUGACCCUCACCUAAGGAGUGAUGUAAGGAGCUGCCCUGUUCAGCUGCCCCUGGCUGUGUCAGGGUGGGGAUUCAAGGAAGAAAGUGAUGUCACUGAUAUAGCCUUCAAACCAGACAAGUCUGAGGAGGACAUUGAGGCCACGGAGGGAACAAAUGCAGUCAAGGUGAAGCAGGAGCCAGAAGAUGCUCCAGAGGUCAAGAAGAUGGAACCCACUUUCAGACGACCUCCACUCCCUGAGCCUGAAGUUUUACCUGAGCUGCUGGAGACCUGGAGUCAGAGCAAAGUGGAGGAGCUGUUCUUCAUCCAGCUCCCUGACUCUCUACCAGGGCAGCCGCCCACCCAAGAGGUCAGGCCAGUGAAGACAGAGAUGCAGUCAGAGGAUGGACAGUCCAUGCUAUUGAAAAGUGAAUCUCAAGAGGAGCAGCAGGAGGAGAACAGUUGCCAUCUGAGAGACCUGCAGGAGGGUCUGGUGGGACGACUGUUGGUUCGGAAGUCUGGUCGGGUGCAGCUCAUACUGGGGCAUGUCACACUAGAUGUGGCUCUAGGAACCUCAUGCGCUUUCCUCCAGGAGCUGGUGUCAGUUGGAACAGGAGAGGGCCGGACUGGUGACUUGUCAGUGCUGGGUCACAUCAAACACAAAUUGGUCUGCUCGCCAGACUUCGAAGCCCUGCUGGAGAACAGAGUAUGAUGAACCAGGACAGGAUGACCAGGACAAAUAUAAGCACCCACCAUUAGGCCAGGGUUUCUACAGUACAGUGGGGACCACAUACAGAAUAACACAGACCGUGCAGUGCUGUAUAAGGUCUAUAAGGACAGUAGUACCACAAGCAAACAUGGCACCUAAAACCUAUACAUGUUUUUUCAGGUGUCCAUUGUUGUAACUUGUCCCUGGAUAGUUUCAGAAUGUGAAAUAGAAAGUCUUGUAACACAGAUUUCCUACCACUAGUUUGUAAGAAAAGUUGGCUUGUUUACAGAACAUUUUAUUUAUUUUUCUCUGCUGAAAGCGAUGGAGAAAGAUUACCUUGUUUGAGAUGUGUGCUAAAUGACUCUAAUAAAGGGAUGGUACAGUAUUCUCUCAUUAAAAAUGAUUAGCCUACAUGAAUGUGCCAAAUUCCAAAUGUUCUAUUUAGUGAUGUAGUGGUAAAGAAAAUAGGUGGGUAAACUCUGAUUGRCGGUCGCGCUGUAAAAAUGAACGUGCUCUGCUUCCAUUUUUAAAAUGUWUUUUUUUUUACUGUCACACAAAAGGUCGGUAAACUGUCACACAAAAGGUAGGUAAACUGUCUCACAAAAAAAGGUGGGUAAACMGCAUUUACUUGUGUUUACRCUCUACACCACCGGUCCUAUUCCAGUUUUGUAAGCAGAUCACACUCAGGUCUAAGCUUGGGAGGGAUGAGUAGAGCAGUAAUAUUUCCCAUGUGGUAUCCUGUAAAACGCAUACCUAAAUGACUGGAUGUAAGAUGAAUAAAAAUAACAAAAGUU